ACAGAGGACAUCCGUCGCGGAUGGCGCUGGUGCUUCUGUCCACAGACAGUGCUAAUGCUACCAAAAAUUGACGACUGAAUGCAAAUAGAGGAGACUUGCUUCAUUUCUGGUGUGAUGUGAAGUGUGUGUUAACUUUAUAUCAACAACAGACAUCUUUAACUUAGCGCAUAGCUGCAGUGCAUCUUGUCAGCGAAGAGUUUGGAAGACGCUCCGACAGAGAAAUACUACUUCCCAAAACUCGCCUUUUACUAUCAGACAAACAUGUUGAAGCUGGAGGCUUUGCUGCAAGAUGGACUCAGAUCAGAGUUAAUGCUCCAGCAGCAGCUGAAGGCUCUGAGUGAGGCCUUCAGACAGCAGCUGCAGGAGACAGAGAAGAGACAGGUAGAGGAACUGGAGAGGAGGAUUCACCUGAACGCUCUCCUGUCAACAGUACACCCAGAGUCUGGUGAUAAAACAGAAAUGAGCCGUCAGACCAAACAUGUAGGAAUGAGGAGAUCAAUCUCUACAUCUGCCCUGACCUCAGACAAAGAGACUCCACAUCAUCUUAAACAGUCCGAGAGACCUAACUCGUCCGCCCCAGCUUCGGUAUUGUCAACAAACCGGAAGCACUCUUCAGUCAGGACAUCCAUGCUGACUCCUACCAAGACACAACAGUGUGAACGGGCAGCUUUAUCUAAAACAACACAGAUGAGCAAAGAGGAGGAGGCCGAGGCUGAAUGUCAGAGGAAGUUCAGUGCUCCUCCAGUCCCUAGCCAUGUCGUUCAGCCCCUCUAUCGGGAGAUGAUGGAGCAGAGAGAGAAGGAGAGGAAGCAGAGUCACGAGCAGAGGAAGAACUUCUUGCUCUCCAUACAAAAACCUUUCAGCUUCCAGGAGAGAGAAAAGGAGAAACAAGAGAAGCUGAUAGCUAUGUUGAACCAUGUCUCACAGGAUGAGAAAAACAAGGUUCCUACUGUCAGGAAACCUCCUCAUAAAGUAGAAAAAGACUUGACAGGUUCUGAGCUAAAAGACCUUGAGGAGGUCCACACUGAGACAGUGCGACUGGAGAAUUCCACUGUGUCCUGCAGCCCUAAACUUCGCACUGCUGAGCGCACCAGGAAAGAAAAGCUGGGAUUCCUGGACGAGAAGCCGAGCUUCCAGCCAAAAAUCAUCCAUCAGGUCCCCGAUUUCAGCAGGUUGCACAAGGCCUUGCAGACAAAGGCGCUGAGGAAAACACAGAGUAAAGAUGUGACAAAGUGUCAGCCCUUCUACCUCAGGACAUCAGCUCUCCCUGCGAGGCAAAGUCGUAUGAGCCCAGUAAAAUCACAGGAACCAAAGAUGAGUCAUCUCAGUAGAAGCAAGUCACUUGGGGCCUUAACGUCACUGUCCACAGACACACUACCCACAUACAUCACAGAUGCUGUGAGGAAGCGCUGCAUGGCCAUCAGAAAGUCAAUGGAGAUGAGGGACAGUAAGAAUAGAGAGAGUGCAGACUGGUUAAGGAAGUACCAGAUGAGAUCCCAGGCCAUGAAGAAGACAGUUGCCCUCCAUGCAAAGUUGCUGGACCCACACAGCAGCUUGAAAGAGGUGUAUAAUGAAAAACUAAAGCACCAUAUGGUGGCUGACCAACAAAGGAUGAGAGAGUACAUGAAAGAGUUACGGGACAUGAAAGCACGAGUUAGUGAACGCCCUUAUUUGUUUGAGCAGGUGAAACAGAGAAAUGCGAGGGCUCAUGCAGAGCAGACAUACAGGAACAAGCUGAGGAAAGCUGGACUUAAGGAGCAAUUUGUUGAAGAAAACGGAGAAGCAAUUGAGGGAACAUUAGUCUCAUCCGGAGUUGAGGAUGAUGCGGACGUAAAUGACCACAGCAAUGAAAACGAAGUUCAUAGCAGGUACGCAGAGGAAGAAAAUGUAGACGACGGGGAGAAAAUUGAAGAUGUGGAGGAGGAGAGCGUGAAGUCCAAAAGGGAAGAAAUGCCAUGAUCAAAAAGGUUCAGGCGGCACAGAGUUUUUUGUGGCCUCUCCACUAGAAAACAACACUGUCCUCAAAAAUGAUUCAUGUCACGGCUAACUAUCCACACCAAACGUUUGAUAGUUUAAGAUGUGCAACUAUAAAUUAUGAAAUUACAAAACAUCUGGACUUUAUAUUCACAAAUAUAAGAGAUAACAACUGGAAGACAAUAAAAGUUUAUAGAACUAUA